AAGGGUGUAGGGCCAUUCCCAAUGGAUCAUGACUGGGGAGAUCUUGAGGGGAGUGGGAAUACCCUUGAAUGAGGAACAUUGAUCCCACUGGGCCAUGAAUGAGGGAGAACUACUGGGCUUUGUUGGGGGGCAAGUCUCGGGGGGUACAAAGGAUAUUCCAAUUGGACCAGUACUUGGAGAGACAGAUCACUGGGUCCUGGAGAGGACAGGAGUAGGAAAGAUUCUGUGAAGGCCAAGCCAUCUGACCUUGAGCAGACUACCAGAGAAUAGCUCAGCUCCUGGAACUCCGGACAAACAACUACCAGCUUUCAGAUGAACUACGCAAGAAUGGUGUUGAACUCACCAGUCUUCGACAGAAGGUCGCCUACUUGGAUAAGGAGUUCAGCAAAGCUCAGAAGGCACUGAGCAAGAGCAAGAAAGCUCAGGAAGUCGAGGUAUUGCUGAGUGAAAAUGAGAUGCUGCAGGCAAAGCUGCACAGCCAGGAGGAGGACUUCCGUUUGCAGAACAGCACACUAAUGGCCGAGUUCAGCAAGCUCUGCAGCCAGAUGGAACAGCUGGAGCAAGAGAACCAGCAACUGAAGGAGGGGGCUGCAGGAGCAGGGGUUGCCCAAGCUGGGCCCCUCGUGGAUGGGGAGCUGCUGAGGCUACAGGCUGAAAACACAGCCUUGCAGAAGAACGUGGCAGCCCUGCAGGAACGCUAUGGGAAAGAAGCCGGGAAGUUCUCAGCUGUCAGUGAGGGCCAGGGGGAUCCCCCAGGGGGCCCGGCCCCCACCGUCCUGGCCCCCAUGCCGUUGGCAGAGGUGGAGCUGAAAUGGGAAAUGGAGAAAGAGGAGAAGAGAUUGCUCUGGGAACAGCUGCAAGGCUUAGAGAGCUCAAAGCAGGCCGAAACAUCCAGGCUGCAGGAGGAACUUGCUAAGCUCUCCGAGAAACUGAAAAAGAAACAAGAAAGUUUUUGCCGUCUGCAGACAGAAAAGGAGACUCUGUUUAAUGACAGCAGGAACAAGAUUGAGGAAUUACAACAACGGAAGGAAGCUGAUCACAAAGCCCAGUUGGCUCGAACCCAGAAGCUGCAGCAGGAACUUGAGGCUGCCAAUCAGAGCUUGGCAGAGCUGAGAGAUCAGCGGCAGGGGGAGCGCCUGGAACAUGCAGCAGCUUUGCGGGCCCUACAAGAUCAGGUAUCCAUCCAGAGUGCAGAUGCACAGGAACAAGUGGAAGGGCUUUUGGCUGAGAACAAUGCCUUGAGGACUAGCCUGGCUGCCCUGGAGCAGACGGAGUUUCGGUCUUGUUGUCCAGGCUGGAGUGCUAUGGCACGAUCUCGGCUCACUGCAACCUCCACCUCCCAGAUCCAAACAGCAAAGACCCAAGAACUGAAUGUGCUCCGGGAACAGACCACUGGGCUGGCAGCUGAGUUGCAGCAGCGGCAGGCUGAGUACGAGGACCUUAUGGGACAGAAAGAUGACCUCAACUCCCAGCUCCAGGAGUCAUUACGGGCCAAUAGUCGACUGCUGGAACAACUUCAAGAAAUAGGGCAGGAGAAGGAGCAGUUGACCCAGGAAUUACAGGAGGCUCGGAAGAGUGCGGAGAAGCGGAAGGCCAUGCUGGAUGAGCUAGCAAUGGAAACGCUGCAAGAGAAGUCCCAGCACAAGGAAGAGCUGGGAGCAGUUCGUCUACGGCAUGAGAAGGAGGUGCUGGGGGUGCGUGCCCGCUAUGAGCGUGAGCUCCGAGAGCUGCAUGAAGACAAGAAGCGUCAGGAGGAGGAGCUCCGUGGGCAGAUCCGGGAGGAGAAGGCCCGGACACGGGAGCUGGAGACUCUCCAGCAGACAGUGGAAGAACUUCAAGCUCAGGUACAUUCCAUGGAUGGAGCCAAGGGCUGGUUUGAACGGCGCUUGAAGGAAGCCGAGGAAUCCCUGCAGCAGCAGCAGCAGGAACAAGAGGAAGCCCUCAAGCAGUGUCGGGAGCAGCACGCUGCCGAGCUGAAGGGCAAGGAGGAGGAGCUACAGGAUGUACGGGAUCAGCUCGAGCAGGCCCAGGAGGAGCGGGACUGCCACCUGAAGACCAUUAGCAGCCUGAAGCAGGAGGUGAAGGACACAGUGGAUGGGCAGAGGAUCCUGGAGAAGAAGGGCAGUGCUGCGCUCAAGGACCUCAAGCGGCAGCUGCAUUUGGAGCGGAAACGGGCAGAUAAGCUGCAGGAGCGACUGCAGGACAUCCUCACUAACAGCAAGAGCCGCUCAGGCCUUGAGGAGCUGGUUCUCUCAGAGAUGAACUCACCAAGCCGGACCCAGACAGGGGACAGCAGUAGCAUCUCCUCCUUCAGCUACCGGGAGAUCUUGCGGGAAAAGGAGAGCUCGGCUGUUCCAGCCAGGUCCUUAUCCAGCAGCCCUCAAGCCCAGCCCCCUCGGCCAGCAGAGCUGUCAGAUGAGGAAGUGGCUGAGCUCUUUCAGCGGCUGGCAGAGACACAGCAGGAGAAAUGGAUGCUGGAGGAGAAGGUGAAGCACCUGGAAGUGAGCAGUGCUUCCAUGGCAGAGGACCUCUGCCGGAAGAGCGCCAUCAUUGAGACCUACGUCAUGGACAGCCGGAUCGAUGUGUCUGUGGCAGCAGGCCACACAGACCGCAGCGGGCUGGGCAGCGUCCUGAGAGACCUAGUGAAGCCAGGUGACGAGAACCUUCGGGAGAUGAACAAGAAGCUGCAGAACAUGCUGGAGGAGCAGCUCACCAAGAAUAUGCACUUGCACAAGGAUAUGGAAGUUCUGUCCCAGGAAAUUGUGCGGCUCAGCAAGGAGUGCGUGGGGCCUCCUGACCCAGACCUAGAGCCAGGAGAAACCAGCUAAAGACCUGCAGGCUGCACCCACCUCCUCCCCUUCCUACCCCCUAGGAUGCCAUUCCCUUGGGCUAUGGUGGAAAAAUGAGGGCUGGAGCCAAAAUCAAAUAGCUUGGGAGACUGGACAUUAAAGGGGCUAGAGGCCUGAUGGUUAGUGUUAAUGAUCCUGUCUUAGGGCAGAGGCCACCAGGGAGUGGGGAUCCUGAGGGAAGGGGCAGGGAUUUCUCCUUCUUCUUGGUCCUGGCUCCCAAGGGCUUCUGUCUUCAUCUCUGCAUGAGCUCUCCUUCCCAGAGACCAACUCUUUCUUAUUUUAUUUUAUUUUAUUUUUUAAUUUAUGUCUGGAGCCUGGCUACUCUGCAUUUGGGAUUGGGGAUGCUGGGUGGGUGUGUGGUCCAUGUUCAGCGUUCUAGCAACACGUGUGUGUGUGUGUGUGUGUAAAGGCUGUGCAGCCAAAAUACCAUCUGGCCAGAUGGGCCCACCCAC